AUGUCUCAACAACAACAAAUGUUAUUAGGAGGACGAGAGGAUCACGAUGAAUACCAUGAAGAGCCUCACCAUCACCACCGAUCAUCAUCGGAUCAAACACAAAAGUAUUCAUCAAUGGCCUACAUGAUGGAAAAUAGUCUUGUUUCCUUGUUGUUGGCUCUUUUUUUCUUUCUGAUUGGUGUUUUAAAUCUUGUACAAUACACGAUCAUGUUUUCAACUUCUGUUUUUCCAUUAACUACAGUAGACGAUCAAUUAGUACUUGCGUAUUACAUUACGGAUAUGAUCUUUUAUGCUUCCAUGGUAGUGAUGAGCGUUUUAUUGGUGUUUUCAACAAUUGCUGCUGCUCAACGACGAUGGAAAAUUCAUCUCUUCCUUGUCUUGUUGUAUAGCAUUGUAUUUGUGAUGGGAAUGUUUCUAGCAAUCGGAAGUAUGUCUCUUUCGAUUGUAGUGGCUGCAAGAAAAGGACAAGUUGGUUUUGCAAUCAUUAGAAGCAUGUUAUUAGCCAUCAUGUUUUGCAUGUUUUGUGCCAUUGUCAAUUGCAUGUUCUUGCCUGUCAAGUUCAGACAAUCAAGGAGAGAAAUUAGAGAAGCUCAUGACUAUUCCAUGUUGUAA